CGGGCCGUGACGUCACUCGGUCGGCUCCUGGGGAAGGACUGCGCAACGGCAGCGCCAAAUUCAAAAUGCUUCGCCGUGGAGAUCGGUACCGGGCCACCGUGUCCAAGUGCUCGGCGCUGGGCAUGGAGAUCAAGAGGAAGAAGAUCCGGGAGAGCGUCGUCUUCCCCUCCCAGGAAGAGGGCUGUAUCCAGGAGAAGCUUGGCUUUGAAUGUCGUAUGCGAGAGGGCAUAUGCAAGCUGCUGUCAGUCAGCACCCAGAAGGAUCAGAUACUAAAUGCUGUGAAAAAUCUCAUGACCUGCAAUGCCCGGAUCCAGGUUUAUACCGCGCAGCUUCAUUCCCCACUGGAGGCAAGGAACGCCAUGUCCUCAGGCAGAAGGUUGUCAGAUGCUGGACUGAAGGAACGCUUGGCCUGUCCUGGAAAGCUCUCUAUAACAGGUAUAAGAAUUCCCCUGAUGUGGAAGGAUACAGAACACUUUGGCAGCAGAGAAAAAUCGGAUCGCUAUGCAGUAUUCUGCAUGUUGAGACUUGGCCAGGAAAUAUUUGAUACAGAUAUGGUUAUCGUGGAUAAAGCAAUGACCGAUAUUUGUUUCGAGAACGCUAUUGUAUUCACUGAAGCACGGCCAGACUUUCAAUUAAAGCUGGAAGUAUAUAGCUGCAGCAUGGAAGAAUCGUCUGUAGCAAACACUCCCAAGAAACUCGCACGGAAGCUUAGAAACUCAAUUGGGAAAUCUACAGGGAAGAAAUUUAAUUCAGAACUUGAAGAAUCUGAGCCAGAAGCUCUUUUUUCCUCCAAUCCUCACAUGCCGGGAGCAAAAUACAGGCUUUUGGCUCAUAUUACAUUCACGCUGAAUAGUGUGGAAGAUGGCUUCAGAACCCAUACCCUUACGAUCACAGGACAUGAGGAUUCCUCUUUCUGGCUUCCAUUGUAUGGGAAUGUAUGCUGCCACUUGAUUGCACAGCCCACGUGUGUAACUGAUGAAGUUGUUAGUGGUUUCUUUAACCAGCAGGAAAUGGUUGGUGGCGUUUGUAGUUGGAACAGACUAUACUGUGUGCUGAAAGGUGGGAACUUGCAUUGCUACUAUUCACCGGAAGAAAUAGAAGCUAAAAUCGAGCCGACUAUGACCAUUCCUAUUAACAAGGAAACAAGAAUCCGUGCCGUGGAGAAAGACUCCAAGAAAAGAACCAACAGUUUUACCGUUAUCAACCUGGUGUCUGGAGAAGCUGUAACAAAAAUAUUUUCCGCUGACAGCAGAGAAGAACUUCAGAAAUGGAUGGAAGCCUUCUGGCAGCAUUUUUACAACCUCAGUCAGUGGAAGCAUUGUGCAGAAAAACUCAUGAAAAUCGAGAUUAUGUCACCACGGAAACCACCAUUGUUUCUAACAAAAGAGGCGACGUCAGUGUACCAUGAUAUGAGUAUUGGUUCUCCUGUGCAGCUUGAAAGCCUAACAGAUAUUCUGCACAGGAAAAUUGAAGAGACAGAUGGCCAGUUUCUCAUUGGUCAGGAAGACUCUGUUUUACCUCCAUGGUCUGCCUUAUUUGAUGGCAAUCAUGAACUUCAUAUAGAAAAGAACACCCUUUCUCCAAAAAAUAACGAAUCAAACCCUCUGGACAGCAAAGGAAAGAAAAGAAGAGCUCCGCCUCCACCUCCCAACAAGACCCCAUAUAGUACAGUUCAGAAGGUCCUGGACCCUACAGAAAAGGAGAAUAUCUGGCCGCGAUCUCGCAAGUCUCUCGAUGCCAAAUUGUCUUCUAUCAUGCAACAGUUCCAGAAGCCAACCAUCCCUCCUAGAAAGGCCAUGUUCCCUGAGGGCAAUGACCAGACUGAAAGAGAUGCUGAGGAGCUUCCAUCAAAACCAGUUCCAGCUCCAAGACAAAAGUCCAUGAAAGAUAGACUGGUCCCAAAGUCGUGGUUACAGUCUCAAGAAUGAAUGCAUUUUUGGUGUAAGUGUAUGGUAAACUGGAAGAAAAUAAUUCACGUACAAAUUAACUGUAAUUUACUACAAAGAACCUGUUAAAAUAUUUUUUUUCUUUGUCCCUGAAAGCAGUUGCACAGCGUAAUUGGCUUAUUAUUUUAAUCACAAGCCUAUCCUCGUGUUAUUUUAUUUUUAUUUUUUUUGUGUUCAGAUUAUGUAUAAGAAUUUUUCGCAUACCCUGAAAGAAAACCAGGCUCUUUUGAAGAUUAUUAUUAUCCGCUGGCUCGCAGACUGUUCAGCCUCGUAAUUACACCCAGGACACAAAAGUAAAAUGUCAGUUUAGGUUGACUUGUACACAUUUAUUCCUUUCUUUGCCAGUGACUGUCCUGAGCUGAGGUU